UCUUCCCGUUGGAUGUUUUCCCUGCACCGUCAUGCUGAGGGGGAAAUCUCGACUUUUUCUGUGUUCACCUUAUCACCUGAAGCAGCUAAGACAGUUACCAGGCUCCAGGCUUCCAUGGCAGCGACUUCUACACCAGCAACAACUCCCCCUGCACCCAGAAUGGGCUGCUCUGGCUAAAAAGCAGCUGAAAGGCAAAAACCCAGAAGAUCUGAUAUGGCACACCCCAGAAGGGGUGUCCAUAAAGCCUCUGUACUCCAAGAGGGACACCAAGGAGUUGUCCGAAGAACUUCCCGGAGUGAAGCCAUUCACACGGGGGCCGUAUCCCACCAUGUACACCUUUAGACCCUGGACCAUCCGCCAGUAUGCUGGUUUCAGUACUGUGGAAGAGAGUAAUAAGUUCUACAAGGACAACAUUAAGGCUGGUCAGCAAGGAUUAUCAGUUGCCUUUGAUCUAGCGACACACCGUGGCUAUGAUUCAGACAACCCUCGAGUUCGUGGUGAUGUGGGAAUGGCUGGAGUUGCUAUUGACACUGUGGAAGAUACCAAAAUUCUUUUUGAUGGAAUACCUUUAGAAAAAAUGUCUGUUUCCAUGACCAUGAAUGGAGCAGUUAUUCCAGUUCUCGCAACUUUCAUAGUAACUGGAGAAGAACAAGGAGUGCCCCAGGAGAAACUUACGGGCACAAUCCAGAAUGACAUACUAAAGGAAUUUAUGGUCAGAAAUACUUACAUAUUUCCUCCAGAGCCAUCCAUGAAAAUCAUUGCUGACAUCUUUCAGUAUACAGCAAAGCAUAUGCCAAAAUUUAAUUCAAUUUCAAUUAGUGGAUACCACAUGCAGGAAGCAGGGGCGGAUGCAAUUCUAGAACUGGCUUAUACCAUAGCUGAUGGGUUGGAGUACUGCAGAACUGGACUCCAAGCUGGUCUGACAAUUGAUGAAUUUGCACCAAGAUUGUCUUUCUUUUGGGGAAUCGGGAUGAACUUUUAUAUGGAAAUAGCAAAAAUGAGAGCUGGAAGAAGGCUCUGGGCCCAUUUAAUAGAGAAAAUGUUUCAGCCGAAAGAUUCCAAGUCUCUUCUCCUAAGAGCACAUUGUCAGACAUCAGGAUGGUCACUUACUGAACAGGAUCCUUAUAACAAUAUUAUUCGUACCACAAUAGAAGCAAUGGCAGCGGUGUUUGGUGGAACUCAGUCUUUGCACACAAAUUCUUUCGAUGAAGCCUUGGGUUUGCCGACCGUGAAAAGUGCUCGAAUUGCGAGGAACACACAGAUCAUCAUUCAGGAAGAAACUGGAAUCCCCAAAGUGGCUGAUCCUUGGGGAGGGUCGUAUAUGAUGGAGUCCCUCACAAAUGAUGUUUAUGAUGCAGCCUUAAAGCUUAUUAACGAAACUGAAGAGAUGGGUGGCAUGGCCAAAGCUGUAGCAGAGGGUAUACCUAAACUUCGAAUUGAAGAAUGUGCUGCUCGAAGACAAGCCAGAAUAGAUUCUGGCUCUGAAGUAAUUGUUGGAGUAAAUAAGUACCAGUUGGAAAAAGAAGAAUCCGUAGAUGUCCUGGCAAUUGAUAACACUUCUGUGCGCAAUAAGCAGAUUGAGAAACUUAAGAAGGUCAAAGCCAACAGGGACCAAGCUUUGGCCGAAAGGUGCCUGGCAGCGCUCACUCAGUGCGCCACCAGCGGGGACGGGAACAUUCUGGCUCUGGCGGUGGACGCAGCUCGUGCCAGAUGUACAGUGGGAGAAAUCACAGAUGCCAUGAAAAAAGUCUUUGGUGAGCAUAAAGCCAAUGACCGAAUGGUGAGCGGAGCCUACCGCCAGGAAUUUGGAGAAAGCAAGGAGAUAUCCUUUGCUAUCAACAGGGUUCAAAAAUUCAUGGAACGUGAAGGUCGCAGACCUCGUCUUCUUGUGGCAAAAAUGGGCCAAGACGGGCACGACAGGGGAGCAAAAGUCAUCGCCACAGGGUUUGCUGAUCUUGGCUUCGAUGUGGACAUUGGUCCUCUCUUUCAGACUCCCCGGGAGGUGGCUCAGCAGGCGGUGGAUGCAGACGUACACGCCGUGGGUGUGAGCACGCUGGCGGCCGGUCACAGAACCCUGGUUCCUGACCUCAUCAGAGAGCUCAGCUCCCUUGGACGGCCAGACAUUCUCGUCAUGUGCGGAGGGGUGAUUCCGCCUCAGGAUUAUGAAUUCCUCUUUGAAGUUGGUGUUUCCAACGUAUUUGGUCCCGGGACACGGAUUCCUAAGGCUGCCGUUCAAGUGCUUGAAGACAUUGAGAAGUGUCUGGAAAAGAAGCAGCAAUCUAUGUAGCAACCUGUUCUUUUUCAAGUGUUUUCUCAGUUAUGAUUUAAUAACAAGGUUAUAGUUAUGGCUUUAGUUUAAUUCAAAAUCUGAUGAUAUGUGCUUUCCUGAUAGCUUUACAUUAAAUCACAUUUUUUAUAAGAAUGUUUCACAUUCUGGA